GCGGCCGAUAGGAGCGAGGACAAGUUUUCAAUCAAGAAGAAGAAGUGGCAAACUCGCAAGAUUUUAUUAUUUCUUUCUCCUUUUCAUCGUGGAACUUUUUUCCUUUUAAUUAAAUUCAUUCUUGAGAAUUAUUGUUGGAUUUCUACACAUUUUUCCGGGAUUUAUUACUUUUGAUUUGCUGUUUUCUUCAAGCAGGCAGCAGGUUGGUGUUUCACCAUGAAGCUGACAGGGAUAUUUUUGCUCUUGAUGCUUUGGAGGUGCGACAGUGCGAGAGUCGCAGAGAGCCGAGACGACAAUAGCGUGUAUGACUUGUUUGAGGUUCUUGUCCCCAAGAAGAACCAGGGGGUCACCCUGGUGAAAGGAGACGACCCGUACAGCCCCGCCUACAAGAUCCUCAAUCCGGACCUGAUCCCCCCGGUCCCCGAGAGCGUCUUCAGGGACCUGAUCGAUUCCAUCCACACCGAGAGGGGCUUCCUCCUGCUGCUCAACUUCAAGCAGUUCAAACGGACCAGGGGAAGCCUCCUGACCGUGGAGAAGAAGGACGGCUCCGGACCCGUUUUUGAGAUCGUCUCCAACGGCAAGGCGAACACCUUGGACAUAGUUUUCUCCACCGAGAACAAGCAGCAGGUGGUUUCCAUCGAAGACGUGGAUCUGGCUACGGGUCACUGGAAGAAUAUCACCCUGUUCGUGCAGGAGGACCAAGCUCAGCUGUACGCGGGAUGCGAGGAGGUGAACACCGCGGAGCUGGAUGCGCCCAUCCAGAGCAUCCUGACGCAGGAGACGCCGGCCAGCGCGCAGCUCAGGAUUGGCAAGGGAGCAGUGAAAGACAGGUUCAUGGGGGUCCUACAAAACGUGCGGUUUGUGUUUGGAACAACACUGGAUGCCAUCCUCCGCAACAAAGGAUGCCAAAGCUCCGUGACGUCUGAAACCAUGAUCCUGGAGAACCUCAAUGGCUCCUCUGCCAUCAGAACAGAGUACACUGGACAUAAGACUAAAGACCUGCAGAUGGUCUGUGGCUUCUCCUGUGAGGACCUGAUCAGCAUGUUCAAGGAGCUGAAGGGCCUCGGUGUGGUGGUCAAGGAGCUGUCCAAUGAACUCCGACAGCUGACGGAUGAGAACAAGCUGAUUAAAAACCGCAUUGGCAUCCACAGUGGCGCCUGCAUCCACAACGGCAUCGUGCAUAAGAACAAAGCUGAGUGGACGGUCGAUGACUGCACCGAGUGCACUUGUCAGAACUCUGCUACUGUGUGCCGCAAGAUCUCCUGCCCCCUGAUCCCCUGUGCUAACGCUACUGUUCCCGAUGGAGAGUGCUGCCCCCGCUGUGGAACACCGAGUGACUAUGCAGAGGACGGCUGGUCGCCGUGGUCUGAAUGGACCCAUUGUUCCGUGUCAUGUGGGCGGGGCAUCCAGCAGCGCGGGCGUUCCUGCGACCGUAUCAAUAACAACUGUGAGGGCACCUCUGUGCAGACCCGCGACUGCUACCUCCAGGAGUGUGACAAACGCUUCAAGCAGGACGGCGGCUGGAGCCACUGGUCACCCUGGUCUUCCUGCUCCGUCACCUGUGGUUCUGGUGUCAUCACCCAUAUCCGCCUCUGCAACUCCCCCACCCCCCAGCUCGGAGGCAAGCCAUGCGAGGGAGAGGGCAGACAAACUGAGAAGUGUCAGAUGCCUUCAUGCCCCAUCAACGGAAACUGGGGACCCUGGUCACCGUGGGAUGCCUGCACUCUCACCUGCGGAGGUGGUGUCCAGACUCGUAAACGCCUGUGCAAUGACCCUGCACCAAAAUAUGGUGGCAAAGAGUGUCUCGGUGAAGCCAAAGACAUGCAGAUGUGUAACAAGGACGCUUGCCCCAUCGAUGGGUGCCUGUCCAACCCCUGCUUUGCUGGAGCCAAGUGCACCAGUUUCCCUGAUGGUUCAUGGAAGUGUGGAAAGUGUCCAGCUGGCUACACUGGCAAUGGCAUCAAGUGUAAAGACAUCAAUGAGUGCAAGGAGGUUCCAGACGCUUGCUUUGAGUUUAAUGGUGUGCACCGCUGUGAGAACACAGAACCUGGCUACAACUGUCUGCCCUGCCCUCCUCGCUUCUCAGGACCCCAGCCCUUUGGCAGAGGUGUGGAGCAGGCCGUUGCUAAUAAACAGGUGUGCACACCGCGUAACCCGUGCCUCGAUGGAAGCCACGACUGCAACAAAAACGCCCGCUGCAACUACCUUGGACACUUCGCUGACCCCAUGUACCGCUGUGAGUGCAGGCCCGGUUAUGCAGGCAACGGCCACAUCUGCGGAGAGGACACAGAUCUGGAUGGCUGGCCCAACGCUGACCUGGUCUGUGUGGAGAACGCCACCUACCACUGCAAAAAGGACAACUGCCCCAACCUCCCUAACUCCGGGCAGGAAGAUUACGAUAAAGACGGCAUUGGAGAUGCUUGUGACAAUGAUGAUGACAAUGAUGGCAUUCCUGAUGACAGGGACAACUGUCCAUUCGUCUACAACCCCAGGCAGUAUGAUUAUGACCGUGAUGAUGUGGGUGACCGCUGUGACAACUGCCCCUACAACAGUAACCCAGACCAGACAGACACAGACAACAAUGGAGAGGGAGAUGCCUGUGCUGUGGACAUCGAUGGAGAUGGUAUACUAAACGAGAAGGACAACUGUCCCUACGUGUACAAUGUUGACCAGAGAGACACAGAUCUGGACGGAGUGGGAGACAUGUGCGAUAACUGCCCUCUGGAACAUAAUCCUGAUCAGGUGGAUUCAGAUGAUGACCGUGUGGGAGACAAGUGCGACAGCAACCAGGACAUCGAUGAGGAUGGACAUCAGAACAAUCUGGACAACUGCCCGUACAUCCCCAAUGCCAACCAGGCUGACCAUGACAAGGACGGCAAAGGAGACGCCUGUGACCACGAUGACGACAAUGAUGGCAUCCCUGAUGAAAAGGACAACUGCAGACUGGCCUUCAAUCCUGACCAACUGGACUCUGAUGGUGAUGGCCGUGGAGAUGCUUGCAAAGAUGACUUUGACCAAGACAAUGUGCCUGACAUCUAUGAUGUGUGCCCCGAGAACUUUGGCAUUAGCGAGACAGACUUCCGUCAGUUCCAGAUGGUUCCUCUGGACCCCAAAGGCACCUCUCAGAUUGAUCCUAACUGGGUUGUCCGCCAUCAGGGCAAAGAGCUGGUUCAGACUGUCAACUGUGACCCAGGCAUUGCUGUUGGGUACCACGAGUUCAAUGCAGUGGACUUCAGUGGGACCUUCUUCAUCAACACAGAGAGGGACGAUGAUUACGCCGGCUUUGUGUUUGGGUACCAGUCCAGUUCCAGGUUCUAUGUGGUGAUGUGGAAGCAGAUUACGCAGACCUAUUGGUCGAACAAACCCACCAAGGCCCAGGGGUACUCCGGCCUGUCCAUUAAAGUGGUUAACUCCACCACUGGCCCAGGAGAGCACCUCAGAAACGCCCUCUGGCACACUGGGAACACCCCCGGACAGGUCCGCACUCUCUGGCAUGACCCUAAGAAUGUUGGAUGGAAAGACUUCACUGCCUACAGAUGGCAUCUGAUCCACAGGCCAAGAACAGGACAUAUUAGAGUUGUGAUGUACGAGGGCAAAAAGAUCAUGGCAGACUCCGGUAGCAUCUAUGACAAGACAUAUGCAGGCGGCAGGCUAGGUCUUUUUGUCUUCUCACAAGAGAUGGUAUACUUCUCAGACCUCAAGUAUGAAUGCAGAGAUGCAUAAAUGUGUGGCGCAGGAAGCUCUGAGGAAUGCACCUUUUUUUGUAUAAAGUAUGAACUUUAUGUAUUCUGAUGCAAAGUCCAGGGACCGAUUUAUCUCCGCGACUCUUUCUUCUGCGGCACGCACACUCGGAAGGGGGCAAAGGGCAUGUGGUCAGCCUCAGGGUAACUUGAAGCUGGUUCGGGUGGAGCACCAACCGGCUGACUGCCAGUUGAGGAUCAGAGAGCCCCUUCUCCUCCACCCUUAGCAUCUGCGAGAGCAGGGAGAACUAGGGAAGAAAAAGAAAACAAGCCCUCUAGCUUUGCCAGUAGGACAGCAACACCUUUCUAUCCCAGCUCUGCCUGCUUUCUCGCUCUCUGAAAGACCUCAUUCAUCUCUGUGCGGGAGCGGCUCCCCAUAGACAACUAUGCACUUCCAAGCCUUUACAUCUCUCUCUGUCUUUCUAUCUCACUUCUCCAACCCGUGUGCCUUUCUGCCUUACCUUCUGGAUGGACAUCCUAAAGAAAGAAACUGAUGAAAUAUUCCCUUUGCUUUACCAGAUCUGCCAGGAUGUACAGUAGAUUCUGAAUGAUACAACUUUUGAGGACUCAAAGGAUGAAGACAACUAUUUUUUUUUUUUUUAAACCAUUGUUGUUAAGGACUUGCAACUUAAGAAAACUUUUGGGAGUGGAGAGAGUUAGAAAUAAGGGGAAGAUGAUGAUGUGGAUGUUUGCGUCCAUGCAUGUACUGUAUGUGGAAGACUGGUCAUGAAUGGAGCAAGAAAGUGCUUUUACCCAUCUACCUAAGACGCUCUGUAGAGAGGAACUGUGGAGAAAGUACAAAAUUAAAUUUAUGUUAAUGUCUUUUAAACAUACAAUAUCACAGGCUUUGCUGACUUUGUUUGGUUAAAUAAGCAGCUCUCAGGGUGAGACGGAAGCCACGAUCUUCCCAUAUCAAAACAGCGAGAAAAAAAAAAAACAAGUUUUGCUAGAGCCAGUGAUCUCAAAGCCAGUAUUUCCUCCAAAACACUCCCCAUCUCACACCAAAAC